AUCUCGCUCCUCAGUCCUACCAUGGGCUAAUCUGUGGAAGCAGCUUACUCCAGUGUCACCAGGCUGCACCCACACCAGGCUCUGCAGAAGGGCAUUUUUCUUUAAAUGAACACCUUCUCAUCUUUUCUUCUUAAGGAGGACUUGAGAACAUUCACACUAUAGAUAAAUUGUACAUGGUGGAAAAUUCUGCUUUCAAGAGGGCUUACUCUCUUCUUACAAGUUCUAGAUUGGACCCCUACACAAGACAGCAUGAAGGAGUGUGUGCUCUUAGUGUUCUUGGCUUUGUGCUCUGCGAAACCCUUGCUUCACCCUUCGUACAUGAUGCUGAAGAACAUGAUGCUGCAGGACAUGGAAGACAAAGGUGACAGUGACGCUGACAACUCUCUCUUCCCAACAAGAGAGCCAGUUAACCCCUUCUUCCCGUUUGAUCUGUUUCCAAUGUGCCCGUUCGGAUGCCAAUGCUACUCGAGGGUUGUGCACUGCUCUGAUCUAGGUUUGUCCUCCGUCCCAAGCAACAUUCCAUUUGAUACUCGAAUGCUUGACCUUCAAAAUAAUAAAAUUAAGGAAAUCAAAGAAAAUGAUUUUAAAGGACUCACUUCACUUUAUGCUUUGAUUCUGAACAACAACAAGAUAACAAAGAUUCACCCAAAAGCCUUUCUAACCACAAAGAAGUUGCGACGGGUCUAUCUGUCCCACAAUCAACUAAGUGAAAUACCACUUAAUCUUCCCAAAUCAUUAGCAGAACUCAGAAUUCAUGAUAACAAAGUUAAGAAAAUACAAAAGGAGACAUUCAAAGGAAUGAACGCUUUACACGUUCUGGAGAUGAGUGCAAACCCUCUUGAUAAUAAUGGGAUUGAACCAGGGGCAUUUGAAGGAGUGACAGUGUUCCAUGUCAGAAUUGCCGAAGCAAAACUGACCUCAAUUCCUAAAGAACUACCAUCAACUUUAUUGGAGCUUCAUUUAGAUUAUAAUAAAAUUUCCACUGUGGAACUCGAGGAUUUUAAACGAUAUAAAGAUCUGCAAAGGCUGGGCCUAGGAAACAACAGAAUCACAGAUAUCGAAAAUGGAAGUCUUGCUAACAUACCACGCAUACGAGAAAUACACUUGGAAAACAAUAAACUAAAAAAAAUCCCUUCAGGACUACAGGAGUUGAAAUACCUCCAGAUAAUCUUCCUUCAUUCUAAUUCAAUUACAAAAGUGGGAGUGAAUGACUUCUGUCCAACAGUGCCAAAGAUGAAGAAAUCUUUAUAUAGUGCAAUCAGUCUAUUCAACAACCCGGUGAAGUAUUGGGAAGUACAACCUGCAACAUUUCGUUGUGUUUUGAGCAGAAUGAGCGUUCAGCUUGGGAACUUCAGAAAGUAAUAAUUAGUAACUAGUAAUAUCCAUUUAAUAUAAAAUUUAAAAAUGGUUACAUUUGGAAUACUUGAACUCUAUUAAUAAUGGUGGUAUUAUGCACAUAAGCAAAACUCUAUUCCCACGUGUUAAAUCCAUGACUUACUUUAUGACAAAAAAUUUCAAAAGAAUUUUGCAAAACUAUUGAUACACCAGAAGUAAAAGAAGCAUCUACUGCAGUUUCCUUUUGCAUACAAAUGAUUUUGCAUAAAUCUAUGCUUGAAUAUUCUUUUUCAGUAACAAAAAAUAAGAUAUUCAGUAUUUAACACUUUGUUAUCAAGUGCAUUUUAAAAAGAACUGUACUGUAAAUGGAAUGCUUGACUUAGGAAAUUUGUGCUCUUUCAUUUGCUGUUAGAAAAACAAAAUUGACAAUGACAGUUAUAUGAAGAGUACAUUAUACUAUUCUUAUUCUUUCUUUAAUAACUCGGGUAGUACUGUAACAUUUCUAAUCAUGUCGAAAUAUGGUUUGAUAUAAUCUUAUUCGUGUCUUACAGCCUUACUCUCUUUAUGUUUAAAACUAACUCCUUAUAAAAGCCUUCGGCAAGUGUUAUUACCAACUCGACAGAUGCUAUUCAUAACAGCUGGUUUUUGAGCUAGAGUACAUGCUUUUCUUCUUCAAUUAUUAUUAUCUGAUUAUAAAACCUCUAUAAAAAUGUGCAGUGAGUGUUUAUAUAAAAUUUGGAACUCACAUUUUUUAUGAUCACAGUUAUCAUAAGCUUUUAACAGUAUGUCAAUUGUUAGGUUAUGUAACAUGGUCACCUCAACGCUAAGGAAUAUUUUCGAGAUGUCCCUUUGUAAGACCUUGGUUGGAAGAGCCUGGACAGUAUUAAUUUUACAGCAAAUUGUCUCCUCAAAUAUGCACAGACUGAAUAACUCUGAAAAACAAACCUGGUAUAACUGAAUAGGCAGAACAUUAAGUAAAACACAGAAACUAAAAGCUGUUAUGUACUUUUUAUUGACAUUCAACAUAAGGAAAACAUUAAAAUACUGGUUUGAAAUAAAA